AUGGCCCUGGGUGACCCCAUGGCUGUGGACCUCAACAAGAGCAACGUGACAAAGAAUGCCAGCGAGCCCAGACACAGCCAGUACCGCAGCCUCACCAAUGACACCAAGUUCAUGUGGGACGUGAUCCAGGAGGUGUGCGGCUUCGUGCCCUACGAGCAGUGUGCCAUUGGGCUGGUCAAGGUGACCAAGGACAAGCACACACUCAAGUUCAAGAAGAGAGUGGGCAUGCCCAUGCACACCAAAAGGAAGCAGGAGGAACUGAGCAACGUGCUGGUGGCCAGGAGGAAGGCCAGGGCCAAGAAGGACUGA